AUGUCCACCAUCCACGAGAUCAAGUCCGUUGAGGAAUGGGAGGCACACCUGCAGUCUCUUCCGCCGACAGCGCUCCUGAUCGUCUCCUUCCAUGCGCCUUGGGCCGCGCCAUGCGCCCAGAUGGCCACUGUCCUGCAGGCCUUGGCCGACGAAUACCCUGCCGACCGCUCUGCGACCUCAUGGGUCUCCCUCAACGCCGAGGACCUCAGCGACAUUAGCGAGCAGUACGACGUCACGGCCGUGCCCUUCCUCGUGCUGCUGCGUGGCGGCCAGGUCCUGGAGACGGUCAGCGGCAGCAGUGCCGUCAAGGUACGGGCAGCGAUCGAGACGUACGCAAAAGCGACUCCAGCAACAACGACAGCAUCUGCUGCUGCGACGGUAGGACCGACGACCACAUCCGCCAAUGGCGUGGCGCCACUGUUUGCCGCACAGCAAGCCGCCGAGGCAGACCCGGCCAAGCAGAAGGAGGAACUGUUCAAGCGGCUGGCCGACCUCGUCAAGGCGGCACCGGUCAUGCUGUUCAUGAAGGGCACGCCGAGCGAGCCGCGCUGUGGCUUCUCGCGGCAGCUGGUCGGCCUCUUGCGCGAGAACAGUGUCAAGUACGGCUUCUUCAACAUCCUGGCAGACGACGAGGUGCGCGAGGGCCUCAAGGAGUAUGCCGAGUGGCCCACGUACCCCCAGCUGUGGGUCAAGGGCGAGCUCGUCGGCGGUUUGGAUAUUGUCAAGGAAGAGCUCGAGAACGACGCCAACUUCUUCCACGAAUUUAGCGUCAAGGCUGCUGAUACUGCCGUUGCAUAG